AUGGCCAAGAAGGAGCAUAUGCCCGCAGAUCCAUCGCCGUAUUCCAAAUCCGCGUAUUUUCCGCUAUAUUUCGAGAAGGACAUCAUCGAACCACGGCAGCCACUGCCGGGAGGUGGCCAAGCCGAGCCGUUCAUUUGCGGGCUCAAAGGAUUACAGGGAAAAUUUGUGGUGAAAUUCCGGAAGAACACCGUGAAGGAGGCGAACGGAGGUCUGGCCGACAAUAGAAAGAUCAGGACAGAAUACGGCAACCAUUUCUCAGCCAGCACACAUCCCAAUAUUCUCAGGGUUUUCGGCAAAAUAGAACUCGAGAAAGAUGGAAGUUUGGGCGCGGUCUUCGAAUAUCAUCCGGAGGGGAGCCUAGCGGAGCUUAUCCGCGGAAACAUAUACACGUAUGAUGAGGAAAAUAUCGUUGACUGGUUGGCGGACAUCGCAUCCGCGCUGUCACACAUACAUAGCCGUGCGAGAUUUUACCACGGCGAUGUCUCCGAUGGAAACGUUCUGUUGCGAAAUGGGCGGACUGUCGCUGUGCUCAGCGAUUUUGGAUUGGCCCGGACGAAUAGUUCUGAAGGGCAUGUUAGCGGAACGCCAGGAUAUAUGGCGCCGGAGGCAUAUCGCGGAGAAACCACCUUGAAGAGCGACGUCUACAGCUUAGGGGCCUUGUUGUGGCGGCUCUCCUAUCGCGAAAGCCUCGUUGGUACCUACAACCAGCAGACCUUAAGUGAUAAGGUCAAGAAAGAUGGAUUUCAUCGUGACUAUUCCGAUAUGGCCGCCAACUUGAAGCCGAUUCUGAAAAAUUGCUGCGCCCACCAAGUGGAUGCUAGAUGGGAUGCCUCUGUGGCCUACGAGGAAUUGGUAAAACUACAAGGCGCACGGACGAGCGAGGAGCGAAAACAGCCGACGUUUGCGAAUCAAGGUCUCGGCCAGCCAGGGGUGGUCCGUCACGCUCCACGGGACAUAUCAGACAGUGGUGAUGGUGGUGGUGGUGGUGACUUGAUGCCGACGAUAACCCGUGAUCAACCGGUUCCGCCACCCCGCGCUCAGCAGUAUUCGCGUAGUCUCUACCAGCCAAACCCCACGUCGGCAUGGUCAUCGAGCCAAUCUAGGCCUUCUGGCAGUAGCUCAGCCGAGCGCCAGAACACAAGCAGCCAGACACCGGAAACAUCUGGGACUACUCCCGAUCCCACUGUCAGCUCGGAAGGCAUUCAAGACAAAUCUAUCAAGGACCGGGCGAUUCCACCAGUAAUCUUCAGCGAACGAGAAGAGCAGGAGCGGCGUUAUUGGUUGAAGCUCUUCGACAUCUACGGGCCAAUGCCUGGAGGCGAGCCGCUUAUAUCGGUGACGCGGCAAGGACAGGCAACAAUUGCUGCUAUCGGCUGGCCUACCGAGCGCGGAACCACCAGUGGCUCCAGUCGACAGGCGUGCAUAUGCGUGAAAACACUCUACCACCUGGCCACCAACGAGGAGAACCACGAUUUCAAGGAGACGCGCGUGUACACGGAGCAGGUUAAUGAGCACGAAAUACUCACGGCCCUAAAAUGGAAUCAAGAGGGCACGAUGCUGGCCGCGAUACUUCAGGGGGAGAAUACCCAGCGUCUAAUCACGGCCAGAGUAAUAGAAAAGGAUCACGGCUUCCAAGUCAGCCACCAAGAGAGGAAAAUAGCGGCACGGCCGCAAGUAUGCAGUUACGCAUCUGUAGCGAUGAUUCGCAACCUAGAAAGGACACGCUCGGUAGCCCCGAUAAUUGAUUGGGCACCCGGCAUGGAAGGGCAGCUGGCUGUAUGCUUCGCCGAUCAGCUUCUAGUCCUGAAAGAAGAACGAUACCAACCGCAUACGGAUAAUAUUCACCUUCCGGCCUUCACGCUGCGCCAUGGCAUGUCGGUCGACUUUGAGCCGUCCACCGCCCCUGCCCAGAUUUGCGGCUGGGAUGCAACCGGAGACAAAUUUUCUUACUACUUCUCGGGCCACCUUUACACAUGGUCGGCAAGUGAGGCUCGACUCAGAACAAGGCCCUUGACUCUGCCCCGACAAGCGAAACACCAUCUUGUCAUUGGCGAGUACCCAAAAAGGACGGUACAUGUCGUUUGUGAAAUGCCAGAGUGCUAUGAGAUCUGGGCCUUCGCAAAUGGAGACUUCACGCUUGUCGAGGUGGUAACUAAGGCUAGCAACCAGCGCAUGCUAGGAGUCCUGCCAAGCGAAAGCAAAAGCGAUAUCCGCUACGUGCAACCAUUUGAGUCGAGGCUCAACAGUUUCCCGGGAGGUGUCUGCAUAGCCAGCAACCAACCCACCGGCACCAAUAGUUCCGUGUUAGUGGUGCACCUGGCUGGUUCGGAGUCUAAACAGUUAGCCCUAAACGGCGGCGACUCGCAGAUUCGGGCUAUGCGCUUCAAACCAAAUCAACCGCAUCUGGCAGCCUUAACCGAAAAGAAGCUGAUUAUCUACGAGACAGGACCAGAGCUGAAAGCCGGCUGUUCG